AGACUGAAAAAGCAUAACCAUGUGAUUCCAAAAUUUUAAGCUAAACCAAAACAAACUAAUCUCUUCAUCUGUUUCCCUUUGUUCCUUAAUUAUUUGAUAAAAUUUAAUCAUAAUGAAACUUUUGACCCAUAAUAUGUUGACUUCUCGUUGUCUUAAAGGAGUAACUAACGGAUAUCCCUUGAAAAUUGUGGCUAACGAAGUUAAAACUGAGAAUGUUGAUUACAAUAGUGAAUUUAUUGCCAGAGUCAUUCCCAAAGUCGAUUGGAAAGUAUUGAGUUCAACAGCCUCAGAUUUCGGCGUAUCACUACCUGAGGAACCUCCAGCAGAUAUUGAAUCAAAUGAAGAUAUGCUCCGUAAAGUGCAUCACGCUCUACUUGAAAUUGAAAUCACCCAAGGAGAUUUAAUUUGUCCUGAAACUGGACGCAAAUUUCCUAUCAAACAAGGAAUCCCAAAUAUGCUUUGUAAUGAAGAUGAAGUUAAAUAAAUAGCAAUUUCAAGGUUAAUUUCAUUCAUUGUUUUGAUUGGAUUGGACUGAGUUUCAUUGGUUAACACAGAAAUGACGAAUCGUAGGGAUAAAGACUGAUUAUUUAUCAAACAUGAAGUUUUGAAUUUUUAUCAAUAGGAUUCAAACA